AUUGAAGCUAAACGCAACUGCUUUUGCAGAGAGUGGGAAAAUUGACGUCCACACUCUCUCACUCUUCUUAUCUUCUCACUAAACUUAACUCUUAAUCUCUCUGAUUAUUUCUUAACUUCAUAAAAAAAAAAAAAAGCUUUUGAACCAGAAUAAUAAUGGAGUUUGAAGAUCAAGAAGAGCAAGAUGAAGAGAUGGGUAUGCAAACGAGUUUUGACUCACAUGGUCACUCAUCUCGUGUCAAAAUGUUGAGUUCUGAACCCGUAUCAGAGGCACAUCUUCCGAGGAAGCCCAGAUAUAGAGAGUGUCUGAAAAAUCAUGCGGUCGGGAUGGGUGGACACGCGGUGGAUGGUUGCGGUGAGUUCAUUGCUGCAGGCGAAGAAGGCACCCUUGAUGCACUUAAAUGUGCAGCCUGUAAUUGCCACCGUAAUUUUCACCGCAAAGAGAACACCGAGAGCUCAACCAUAGUCGGACCUCUAGGUACCGGUGAAGUUUAUUUUCACCAUCCACACGGCCACCUUCAUAACCCAAGUCAGGUUCCUCAAUUCUCGCCGUAUUACCGGAGCCCAGCCGGGUACCUGCACUUAGCCGCAGCAGGGCACCAUAGGCCACUGGCGUUGCCGUCGACAUCGGGCGGAGGAGGGACUCAUAGCCGAGAGGAUCAAGAGGACAUGUCAAAUCUUGGAGGAGUUUCACGGAAAAGGUAUAGGACGAAGUUUACGCAGGAACAGAAGGAUAAAAUGCUGGAGUUGGCGGAGAAGCUGGGGUGGAGGAUUCAAAAGCACGAUGAAGAAAUAGUGCAGCAGUUCUGUGAGGAGACUGGGGUGAAGCGGCAUGUGCUUAAGGUGUGGAUGCACAACAACAAGCACACUCUGGCUUUGGACUCAAAAGAGGGGAACCAUCACUUGGAGACGGGGAUAUUGUGAUGCUGACUUGCUGAAGAUUAGUUCUGCUAUGCUACUACCACCACUACUCUACUCCGUAGCUAAGGAUUUUAGUACUAUUAGUUUCUAGGGUUUUUAUUUUUGUUUCUUCUAGUGAUUUAACAUUUUGGUUGGAUUUGUUUGGAUUAGAGUAGAUUAAUGUAGAUGAAAGAUCUUUAUUAAGUGCCUUUCAAUUUCAUAUCAGUGGAUUUGAAACCUUUUCGAUUCA